UGGGGUAUCCUGUGUCACCAAUAUAUAGCCGCAUUUGGCCGACAAACAGGCUAGGCUGUCAGUAGAAAUGAAGAAGGUCAAAGAAAAUUGUUAGUAUGGCAUCUGAAGACGACACCCACGGUCAAUAUGUCAUUGAAUGUGACUUAUGUAAACAACUAGUCUCGUUUUUCUGCAGACGAUGUGGGGUCAAUCUCUGCGAUCCUUGUGUUCCGGUACACCUCCGAAUUAAGUCCAAAACCGGACAUGACGUGGUGGAUUACGCCAGUAGAGAGGGUGUUGACACAUCUACGUGCGAUUCUCAUCCACAGAACGAGUGUUCUGUGUACUGCCAGACGUGUGAUGUCCCGAUCUGCCUAGUCUGUGUUUCCAUCAAACACAAAUCACACGAAAUGUCCGAGCUCUCCGAGAAAAUUGACGAACUGAUGAAAACCAUCAUGGUAGAAAACAAGCGACUUCAAAAACAUAAAAAUGAACUUGAAAAAAUUCUAGAUCACACGACACAGAGAUUGCCUUCACUGUCUAAAAUUUACCAACAAAAGAAGGAUGAAGUGACGUCACGAGGAGAGGAGUGGCACAGACAGAUAGAGAAAACCGUGAAGACGCUCCACCAGGAACUGGACGACAUGCAAAAGGAGCACGAAUCACUGCUCCGGAAACAGAAGAGAGAAUUGGAAGAGAUUUUAGGAAAAGUUGAUGAAAUAAACACCACGACAACGAAACUGAAAAAUUCACAGAAUGUUAUGGAAAUGAAGAAAUGCAUACCAAUAAUUGAAAAGCUGGAAACUCCCUCGGAGAUUACACAAUACUCAUUCCCUGUGUUUUGCGAAUGCAAAAUUGACAACUAUUUGAAAUCGCAUUUCGGAUACAUUGAGAAUAUACAAGAAAGGAAGAUUAAUUUGCCGAGUCUGAUAUCUGAAGACGCUGUGAUUUCGAAUCACAAAAUAUUAGAGGUGCCGAAAGUUAUCACAGCUAUAGACACAGGGUUUCCAGUUGGUAAAAAUAGCAACCGUCUAUACAAUAUCGCUGUCAUGGAUGAUAACAAAGUGUGGAUGGGAGGAGCAAGUGCAGAACUCAAGCUGUUUGAUUUCCAUGGAAACCUCCACGACACUGUCACCAUCACAACACACGGUAUGUACUUAACUGUAUACAACAAGCACGUGGUUUACACAGCAUGGGGCAGCAAUAAUACUGUGUAUAGAGUAGCCGCGGAUAAAACAAUCCAGACGAUGUUUACAACCGGGGAGUGGAGACCACGUGGCAUCACGAGUACCGCCUCAGAUGACUUACUGGUCUGUCUCCGUAAGGACGACCAGUACAAAGUUGUGCGAUACAGCAGCACCGGUACCGUACUCCAGGAAAUCCAAUACGACUCACAGGGCCAGCCUCUGUACCGAGAUGCUACUUGCAUCACUGAGAAUGUCAACGGGGACAUCAUCAUAACAGACUGGAAGAAAAACGCUGUCAUUGCUGUCGAUAGAUUAGGAAUAUUUCUGUUUUCUUACUCUGGGAGGGACAAGCCAUUUUUUGCAUGCGCCGUCACUACUGAUCCUGCCGGUCACGUUAUCGUUACUGACUUAAAAGGUGACAAGAUCCACAUGUUGGACAGGGACGGGCGAUUCCUGGGAUACAUCAUUCCUAAUCUAGGGAUUAAAUUCCCUCGCGGCGUGUGUAUUGUCGGGGACGGGGAAAUGUUUGUUGGGGAAUGUAAGACCGGUGUAGCGAAAAGAAUAAAAUAUUUGGAGUAAUAAACAGAAUGAAUUGUCUGUUGUUUCGCAUGAAAUAUGUUGUUAUGGAAUAAAUUUUUGUGUAGAUUAA